GACGGGCGGACGCCCGCCGAGACGGCCCGGCGCGCGGGCAGCCGCCUCCGUGCUGGCGGGCGGGAGGAGGCCGCCGCCUUCGAGAGCGUGGCCGUGAUGCUCGAGGAGCACGCGCGCCGAGCGGCGCAGGCGCGCCGAGCGGCGGAGGACGCGCCGCCCGAGCCCGCCAGCCCGGCUGCCGCCCCACCGCCGAGCCGCCCGCGGCCUGGGAACCGGCCGCGCCGGGCCGCUGGGAGGGCCUCGUCUCCACCGGCGCGUCCGAGCCGCGGCUGCCCGAGUUCCUGCGCGACGGACAGGGGCGCCCCGCGUGACGACGGGUGCGGCUGCCGCUCGCGCACGCGGCCCGCGGUGCGAGCGGCCGCGGGCGCCGGGCGCCCAACGCCGCGCCGCUGCCGCGCCGCUGGCGCAGCGGAAAGGGUCUCCUCUGCUUAG